GUGUUAUGUGAGCGAGACAGAAAUGAGGUGACGUCGCCGCGCACACUUGGCAGCGCUUGUGUGUGUUUGGUGACCACGAGCUCCAACUGGCCUUGUUGUUUGGACGGUAGGUCUGACACACGGUGUUCGUUUAUUGAUCUUUAUUAAUAUAUAUUAACGCGUAAAGCAGUGAGUACACACUCGCUAUCUCUGACGCGGAAAUAAAUCUAAGGUUGACCAGGGGCCAUGGCCUUUGCGGGAGUAGCCGUGUGGAGACUGGCGAGGUCGGCCCUCUCAUCGCUCCGUCGUUCACCUCCUUGCCGCCGUUAUAGCACCCCGGAGCACACCACUAGGAAGAGUGUCCCGUAUGAGACCACUUUGAAGCAGGAGGGGGGAAGCAGCAGCCCCACCAAGGCUCUGCCCAAGACUGCAGAUGUGGUGGUGAUUGGCGGUGGCAGUUUGGGCUGCCAAACCCUGUAUCACCUGGCUAAGAUGGGCAUGACUAAUGUGGUGCUGCUAGAGAGAGACAGACUGACGGCUGGAACUACCUGGCACACAGCCGGCUUGCUGUGGCAGCUGCGUCCCAGCGAUGUGGAGGUGGAGCUGCUGGCCCACACCCGGCAGGUGGUGAGCGCUGACCUGGAGCAGGAGACGGGCCUGCAUACAGGCUGGAUCCAGAACGGAGGCCUCUUCAUUGCUUCGAACAAGCAACGCCUGGAUGAGUACAAGCGCCUCAUGUCGCUAGGGAAGGUGUAUGGCAUUGAGUCUUACGUUCUGUCACCUGCUGAGACUAAGGACUUAUACCCCCUGAUGAACGUUGAUGACCUCUAUGGCACUCUUUACGUGCCAAAGGAUGGCACCAUGGAUCCUGCUGGCACCUGCACCACCCUGGCCAGGGCUUCCACUGCCCGGGGUGCUAUGGUGAUUGAGAACUGUCCGGUGACAGGUAUACAAGUACGGACUGACGACAUGAGCAUAAAGAGGGUGAAGGCAGUGGAGACGCCAUAUGGGACUAUUGAGACACCUUGUGUUGUCAAUUGUACUGGUGUGUGGGCAGAAAAGCUUGGCCAGAUGGCAGGAGUCAACGUGCCUCUCGUUGCCAUGCAUCAUGCCUAUGUGGUGACAGAGAGAAUUGAAGGCAUCCAGAACAUGCCCAAUGUACGGGACCACGAUGCAUCCGUUUACCUGCGUCUCCAAGGAGAUGCCUUGUCAGUCGGCGGCUACGAGCCGAAUCCUAUUUUCUGGGAUGAGGUUUCUGACAAGUUCGCCUUCAGCCUCUUUGACCUGGAUUGGGAUGUCUUCAUGCAGCACAUUGAGGGAGCUGUUAACCGUGUUCCAGCUUUGGAGCGGACGGGCAUCAAGUCUACAGUCUGUGGGCCUGAAUCUUUCACGGCAGACCAUAAGCCCCUGAUGGGGGAAGCUCCUGAAGUGAGGGGCUUCUUUUUGGGCUGUGGCUUCAACAGUGCAGGGAUGAUGCUUGGUGGUGGCUGCGGCAAGGAGCUUGCACACUGGGUCAUCCAUGGCCGCCCGGAGAAGGACAUGUAUGGGUAUGACAUCAGGAGAUUCCAUCGCUCACUAACUAGCAACAACCGCUGGAUCCGUGAGCGCAGCCAUGAGUCAUAUGCAAAGAAUUACUCUCUUGUCUUCCCUUUCGAUGAACCGUUGGCCAGCCGUAACAUGAGGAAGGACCCUUUACAUAAGGUGCUACAGGACCAAGGCUGUGUCUUCCAGGAGAGACAUGGAUGGGAGCGUCCAGGAUGGUUCAGCCGGGAUGGCUCAGCCCCCGUUCUGGACUAUGACUAUUAUGGAGCAUAUGGUAUCUCCAAAAACCACAACUACAAAUACAGCAACCUGCUGAGCAAGGAGUAUACUUUUGACUUUCCUCUACAUCAUGAUGUGAUCAAAGAUGAGUGUCUAACCUGCAGGAAUGCUGUGGCUGUGUUUAACAUGUCCUACUUUGGCAAGUUCUACCUCACUGGUCCUGAUGCCAGGAAAGCAGCAGAUUGGCUUUUCUCCGCUGAUGUUAACAAGCCCGUUGGCUCCACAGUUUACACAUGCAUGCUGAACAAGAGAGGUGGCACUGAGAGUGACCUCACAGUCAGUUGCAUUAAGCCAGGCUCUGUCCACUCUUCUUUGGCACCUGCUUUUGAAGGGGAUGGGUACUACCUGGCCAUCGGUGGGGCAGUGGCACAGCACAACUGGAGCCACAUCCAGACUGUUUUGCAGGAUUCAGGCUUCAGAUGCACUCUUCUGGAUUGCUCUGAGGACAUGGGCAUGAUCAGCAUCCAGGGUCCCAAGAGCCGUGCCCUGCUGCAAGAAGUUCUGGACACUGAUCUGAGUAAUGAAGCUUUUCCUUUCUCCACUCACAAGGUGGUUCAGGCUGCAGGACACCAGGUGCGUGCCAUGCGCCUGUCCUUCGUCGGCGAAAUGGGCUGGGAGCUUCACGUGCCACGGGACUCCUGUGUGCCAGUGUACCAGGCCGUCGUGGCCGCUGGCGCCAAACACGGUGUCUGUAAUGCAGGCUACCGAGCCAUUGAUUCCCUCAGCAUUGAGAAAGGCUACAGACAUUGGCAUGCAGACCUGCGGCCUGAUGACACGCCUCUGGAGGCGGGGCUGGCUUUCACCUGCAAGAUGAAGAGCUCGAUCCCGUUCCUGGGCCGAGAAGCACUGCAGGCUCAACGGGCGCAGGGGCUCCGCCGUCGCCUUGUGUGCUUUACCAUUGAUGAGAAGGUGCCGAUGUUUGGCCUGGAGGCAAUAUUCAGGAACGGGCAGCCGGUGGGCCACCUGCGCCGGGCGGAAUACGGCUUUGCCAUCAAUAAAACCAUUGGCUACGGCUACAUCCGCAGCCCCGACGGGGGAGUUGUAAGCCCUGAGUUCAUCAAAACUGGAAAGUUUACCUUGGAGAGGAUGGGAAUGACCUAUAAGGCAAAAGCCCACCUGAAAUCGCCCUUCGAUCCUGAAAACAAGCGGGUGAAGGGAAUCUAUUGAUUCUUCACCAAGUUGAGGGUGGAAUCAACAGCACAACCACUUCCAACCACUUUUCAUUAUAAUCAGGUAUAUAGGGACUUAGCAAGGUGCAGAAGCUGGAUGUGUCUGUUUUGGUAAUGUCAGUAAUUGCAUAUCUGUGAGAUAUUAUACAGAACCUUAAUUCUCGGAUAUUUUUGAAUUAACACUUGUUACAAGACACGCUCUUCAAAAAGAACAAUAAUAUUCAAGUUUCUGGUACUUAAGAUUCUCCCAGGCCUAUGUACAACUUAUUUCAUGUCAUAAAUAUCAGUCAGUAAUAAUAUUAAAUAUCUUAAUUUUAAAAUUAAUGGAUAAGGUCACAUACUACAUCACCUUUUCCCAGUUAAAGCCCAAUUUAAUGGAUUCAUAAUGUAAACAGUAUUUGUUAGAGAAUUGUUCAUAUUAAUGUUCUACUAAUAUGUAUUACUUAAUUACAUAGAUCAACAGUGGAGAAACCUGUUCACAGCGUCUUGGGAAGACUUCCUUGUUUACAGUGGAAUAUGGAAUCAUAUUUUAUAUACUAACUACACUGCAACUUUUUUUUUUUUUUUUUUUUUUAA